UUUUUUUUUUAUUUUAUUUUUUUUUUAAUAAUAAUAAUAGUAAUAUGCUUUUUACUACACCUACUAUGACCAGUGUUUUUCGUACAGCUUUACAACAAAAGUCUACUACUUAUCAUAUGCUUCAGAGACAAACAUUAGGUAGUAUCCGUCAAUUUUCGAGCCAAGUUCAACCAAAGAAAUCUAAAGGUAGUAAAAUUUUAUUAGCUACCUUCAUGGGUGCAGGCAUAGUAGGAGGUAUCAUGUAUAAUGUAUGCCAGACUAAGGUUCUCCCCAUGAAAGAAAGAGCAAAGACAACUGCCUUUGACCCUACUACAUUUGUUUCACUCAAGUUGAUCGAAACUAUAUCUCUCAGUCAUAAUACAAAACUUUUACGUUUUGCUGUUCCUGAAGGUAAAGACGGUAAACUUCCUGUAGCUUCUUGUGUUAUUGCCAAAUAUCAUAAAGAUGGAGGGUUAAAACCUAUUAUUCGACCUUAUACUCCUGUUGCUGAAGGAAAUGGACAUGUUGAUUUUAUUAUCAAGAAAUACGAUGAUGGUAAAUUAACACCAAUUAUUCAUGAUUUAAAGCCUGGAGAUAGUCUUGACUUUAAGGGACCUAUGAUCAAAUACGAUUGGGAGAAAAUGCCCAAGAAGAAAGUGGGUAUGAUUGCAGGUGGUACAGGUAUUACGCCUAUGCUUCAAAUUAUCCGUAGUGUCUUUGAUGUCAACUCAACCGAUAAGGAGACGAAGGUUACGUUGAUCUUUGCAAAUCAAACUGAAGAUGAUAUCCUAUUAAAGGAUGAAUUGGAUAAGAUCGCUAAAGAAAAUCCUGAUCGAUUUAAGGUGGUAUAUGCCCUUGAUAAAGCAUCCGAGAAUUGGAAGGGUAUCACUGGCUAUGUGACUAAGGAAGUCGUUAAGACUCAUUUGCCCAGUCCUGACGAGGAAGAUUCCAUUAUCUUCGUCUGUGGUCCUCCUCCGAUGGUUAACUCAAUUGCAGGUUCAAAGAUAAAGAUGACUCAAGGUCCACUUGGUGGUAUCCUUAAAGAAUUAGGCUACUCUCAAGAUCAUGUUUUCAAGUUCUAAAACUCAAUAAAGAUACACUCUUUGUAGAAAAAAACGUAUAUCAUAUUUAUAUAUUUAAAAGAAACUUAUCUUUUAUUAUAAAUAUGUAUAUAAUAUAUAUAUAUACACACAUAUAAACAUAUAUAAAGAAAAAAAA